ACAGGAAGAGGGUGCAUUGGAUGAGCAGCUGGACGUUGGUUAAUGUUGGACCAAAAAACAGGGAGGGGGAGAUAUUGAUGCAUUCUAAGUUAUGGAGCUAAGACGGACAAACCCCGCAUGCAAUUGUGUUUUACUAUGUGGAAUAACGUUGUGUCUCUUUUUCGGUACAAAUCUAACAGCGGCCAUAGAGUUGUACGCCCCAGCGGAGGUGCUGGUUGAGAAUGGCACCACGGGGAUCCUCAAGUGUUCCUUCAAGUCCAGGGAAGUGAUCAGUAGCGCAGCCACAGUCACCUGGUCGUUUCGCCCAACGGGAUCCGACCCCGGAAGCGCCGUUUCCAUUUUCUAUUACACUUCUGGCAAGCACUACCCAGGGAGCGUGGCUCAAUUCAAAGACAGGGUGAAAUGGGCGGGAGACCUGAACAAAAAAGACGCCUCUGUCCAUUUAAUUAAGGCACAGUUCAAUGACAACGGCACCUACUCGUGUGCCGUGAUUAACCCGCCCGACAUAUCUGUCACCGCCGCUCAGACACAGCUCAAAGUCGUCAUCAAAGAGUCUCUCCCUCAGAACAGCACUGCUGUCAUAGUGGGCGCCGUGUGUGGCGCUGUCAUCGGGCUCAUUCUCAUCGCCGUGGUUACCUGCCUGAUCAUCAAGAGGCAUCAAACCAGUCAUGAAUACGAAGGCUGCACCUCAGUGGCAAGAGUGAGCUCCCACGCCACACGCCCGGGGGGGAAGAAGCACGAGUCCAGCUCGGAGGGCUCCAGGUGUAGCAGCCCCUCCGCCCCGGUCCAGGUAGGCGCUACAGGGCCGGUGAUAUACGCCCAGUUGGAUCACUCGGGCACCAAGAACCCCAACUCAUUCCACAAGAUGGAGCCAGUGGUGUACGCAGACAUAAGGAAAAACUGAAACGGGGUGGGGGGAGAACUGGAGACCAAAAGGGAAAGGCCACCAUAGCUCACUGCUUUGGGAUGGGUGGGGGGAGGGGGAGAGGGAUUGAUGCUGUUUAGAAUUAUAUUUUUUUGUCUCAUAAAAACCCUUCUGAAAGCAUUUAUUGCAUGUUCGUGUGUGAUACAAAAUGUAUGCUACCAUGGCUUUCAAUACAACAAUACAACACAGAGAUUAGAGAAACACUAUAAUACAUUAACUGCAUGUUUAGUAAGUGUAAAAUACAUAGGCUCCAGUAGUUUUUUAGUUUUUUUUUUUUUACAAUAGAGGGACCAUGAGAACAAUAUGUUAACAAUCAUCUCAGUCCAACAUAUUGGAUGUUAAAUUGAUGGUUUAGACAUAGGGUUUGGUUAUAGAAUAGGAUACCUGAAAUGCAUAGCCGUUUUGUCUGCAAUCAUGCUACCUUCAUCUAGUCAUGUAAACAUUUUUUUUUACAAGGUAACAAUCACGUUAACGCCAUAUAAUAUCACUCUGGUACACAGCCAUGGAAAGCCUCCUGGUGAAAAGACUUCACGUUAACGCCAUAUAAUAUCACUCUGGUACACAGCCAUGGAAAGCCUCCUGGUGAAAAGACUUGUGUACAGUUUGUGUAUUGCGCUGUAGAUUUUAACAUUGCAUUGUUAUAUCUAUGACUAAAACACUGCCACUGGGUUCGAAACUGAACUGUUCAGCUGAAACAAUGAUACAAAACAAAAUUUUAUUUUUUACAUUGUUUUUAUUGUACAGAAAUUAUACACUGUUUGCAUGUAAUUUAUUAACUAACCACAACUAAUCAUGACAAUAACCACGUUUGACACAUUUUAGUUUUAACAUCUGUUUUAGAUUAUGUAGGUUUGACGUGAUCAUGUGAGACUGAUAAUAUCAUGAUGUCCGAAAGAAAAUCUUAUCUUCCGUCUUUCAGAAGCAAUGGGCCAAAUAUCUUCCUUUAACAAAACUACUUUGAUAUAUCACUGUGCUUUAAUAUGUUUCUGUUCCAAUGAUUCACUCUCAAUCAUGUUUGAUUGAAGCAAUGCGUUAAUAAUCAGUUUAAAUGCUGUUUUAAUCCCUUCCAUUUUUUUCUGCAGUAGUCUUACCCCGACCAACAUUUAUGCAUAUGGAUAGUUAACUAUGUAAGAUCUAGAGCUCGUUACUGUAAUUCAUUCUUUUCUGGUCAAUGGUAGUAUCUCUUGGUGUUUUAACAAAAUAAUCAGUGAUGUGUUUCAGAAUUCCAAUUUGAUAUUGAGUGUCAUUUUUGUCAAAUAGUUUGAAAAAGCAUGGCUGGUGCUCUGUCUUGAUGCUAAACCUCACACUGUCACGUCUUAAAAAUCCUUUAAGUAUUUACCCACUAGGCACACACUGGUUGAAUCAAUGAAAUUACAUAAAAAAAUGUGGAAUAGACGUUGAAUUGACAUCUGUGCCCAGUGGGUAGCGUUUUAGUGUUUUUAACUGUAUAUUUUAGCUGUUGACAAAAUGGUUUUGAUCACCCAAGGGAGCUAGAGGAGGCGUCAUUCCUGUUUUCCAAAGCUGCCUCUUCCACUAGUCCUGCAAAAUAAAGCAAAAGUAAUUGUUAAUCUACAUUCCUAAAAAUUCAUCAAAUGCUGGCGCUUAUCUUGCUGUCUUGUGCUUGUGCAGUAUUAGUAUAUGUGUGUAGUAGUAGUUGAAGUAGUAUUGUCCUUGAUUAUGAAAAAGCUUUUCACUUAGUCAACUCAAAUGCUUAAGAAAUUAUGUGGUGUCAAAGUUUGGAUAAGUGCAGUUUACAAUACCCAUUCCACUGUUACGUCUUAAAAGUGUGAAGUUGUAGUUUGGGCUGUUGAGUAGCCAUAUUAGCGUGUGUAAUUUGGUGCUUGUUUAUAUAAUAUCUUAUGUUGCAAAACCUGCACUAUGGCCGGCGUAUCAAAGACCACAUGCACUAUAUGAUUUUAUUUUCUUCUCUGUGUCCUGUGCUUCUGUUCGAUGUCUUAAAACUGGAAUGUAGUACAUUUAGUGCCUUUUGCAUUUCAUCUACUAACUUGAACACCUGCUCAAUAUAUAUAUAUAUUAAAAAAAAUGUAAUUCA